CUUCCACUUCCUGUGCAGUGAUGUCAAAGGAUUUGAAUCUUGCAGGUGUUUUCAACCUCAUGUUCUACAUUCUGUUUAGCUCUGUCUGCUCUCAAUUCAACUGUGAAACCCAACAAUCCAGCAACCUUCCUGUUGCUUGAGUUUUCAGCUUCGUCAGGAAACUCUAAACCGUUACUAUUUGACAACUUCCCUGUGUGACAGAACAAACAGUAUGAGACCCCAGACAAAAAUUUGCAAACAAAAUGAUGCAUAAACCAUCUAAAUUCGUGAACACACAUUUCUCCCAUUCUUCUGCUGAACGAGGUGUUUUAGCUGCUUGCACAACUGCCUCAUUAAGGUAUUUCACCUUUUUUCAGCUUUGUCUUUCACUGUUUUAUGUAACAUGAAAUUAAAGCAAAUGCACCGAUACUUUUAUAAUAUUGACUCAUGUUUUGUUGAUUUUAUGUCAUAAUCAAAUUUUGAGCCACCAUUUUAACUGCAGUUAACUGAGGUUCAUCUGUUUCUGUGCAGUCAGAUGGACAAGAAUUAUAAAUACAAUUUUCACUUGUUACCACCUGUCAGUUCAGCUCGAGGAUUUUGGUAUUCUUAUCUAAAACAUAUAGACAAAACUUUAAAUUAGCCUCUGUUUUAAGACAUUUCAACAUGAUUAUUACAUAUUGUGUGUGAAUAUUGGCUGUUUUAUUUUAUUUUAGAAAAGGCCGGAUUGUUGACUUUCAUGUUUGUUUUUCAGAUGACAAACCAACCGUUUGUCACGUCUGUCCUUCUGCUGCUGCUGCAUUUGAGCGUCUCAGGUUCCAGACCACAGUGUUUCGUGUGUGAUGAGACGUUUUGUAACUGCUCGGGACACAACCUGAAGGUCGUCCCUGCCGCCCCUUCAAGCGUCACCGUCCUGGACAUCUCAUUCAACAGCCUGCAGAUCUUAGAGGAUGACGAUUUUGUUACCUUUGGUGCUUUAAAGUCGUUGCUCAUGAGUAACAGCAGAAUUGAAAUGACCCAAGACCUGGCGUUUGUCCCGUUGUCUAACCUGGAGAGCCUGGACCUGUCCAUGAACCAGCUGCGUACAUUGUCCCCCGCAUGGUUUACGAACCUUGUUUCCCUUCGGUGCUUAAAUCUUCUGGGGAACGAAUAUGAAACGCUAGGACAAAGCGAACUGUUCCAGCCACUGAAGGAAUUAAGAAGCUUAUAUUUUGGAGGACAUCACCUUCAGUCUGUUGGAACAACAGUCUUUUCAGGGCUUAACGGUCUUGAGGAUUUCUUUUUUGAUGGGACGAACCUUUCAGACUAUGGAGAAGGCAGUUUUAGACAAAUUGGGCCAAUUAGCCGUGUGACUCUUGGUUUGAACAGCCUGUUCGACCGCAACCAGGCGCUUGUAGAGGUCAUACUGUCUGACGUUGUGCAUCCAAACACAACGCUGACGCUCAUUGAAACGCAGAUCACCACAAUUCAUCAGAUGUUCCUGCUCAAAGUGGCUGUCAGUCAAAUCACUGCUGGUCUUAUUUUGAAAGAUGUCACCAUGACCCAUGCCUGCAACGCGCUGCUUCUUCUGCUGUCAGGCUCUCGCGUGUCUCUGCUGGCACUUGAAGAGGUCACGUUCAUUCACCGUCUGAGCAGAGUUUGGUAUGUUCCUAAUAUGAACCUGACGGAGGUGGUUCUCAGAAGCAUCAAGGUUCCUAAGUUCUACUCAUUUCCAGCCCUCGUGUUCAUGGAGCCCAUGAUGAAGGCUGUGAAGAGGGUGUCGUUGAUCAACUCCAUGUUUUUCGCCGUCCCCUGCGCCGCCGCCACGAUGUUCUCAAAGCUGGAGUUUCUGGAUCUCAGCGACAACAUUUUCAGCGAUCUCGCCCUCAGACAAAUGAUGUGCGACGGCAGCGGCGCCCUGCGGCGUCUGCAGACGCUCAACGUGAGCCGAAACCUCCUGCUGACCAUCAACAGCCAGCUCUUCUCCAAACUGGUGGCGCUGGAAACCAUCGACAUGAGCGCAAACGCCUUUCAGCGCAUGCGCGACGCGUGUCUCUGGCCACCGAGCCUGCGAUUUUUGAACCUGUCAUCGACGCAUUUAACAAAGGUGACGUCGUGUCUGCCGGGAAGUUUGCGCCUCCUGGAUUAGUCCAACAAUGACUUGACCGUGUUCGACAUUGAACUACCUCUCCUCACUGACUUGUACGUCUCUCACAACAAGAUCAGCAGUUUGCCUGAUGGAACCUUAUACCCUCGACUCACAUCUCUUCUGAUCCAAAACAACAACAUACAUACGUUUGGCAGCAACAAUCUCAAUGCUUAUCUGAGCCUCAGGAGCCUGAAGGCAGCUUCUAACACCUAUGUCUGCUCCUGUGACUUUGUAGCGUUCAUGACGCGCGACGUGAACACUCAUGGAGUCAGAAUUGGAGACGAGUUGGGCUCGUACGCCUGUGACUCCCCCUACAUCAUGCAGGGCCGGAGCGCAGCGGACGUGAGGCUGCCGCUGUUUGAGUGUCACAUGGCUUCGGCCUGCGCGCUGCUCUGCUCGGCCGUCCUGGCCGCGAGUCUCUCCUCGAGCGUUCUGUGGUACAUGAGGAUGACCUGGGCCUGGGUGAGAGCCCAGAGGAAGCCCCGGUUCGCGAGGCCGCAGCUCCGGUACGACGUCUUCGUGUCCUACAGCGAGAUGGACUCGGCUUGGGUGGAAGCGCACCUGAUCCCGGAGCUGGAGCAGUCCGAGCCGCGCCUCCGCCUCUGCCUCCACAGGAGAGAUUUUGUCCCCGGGGGGUGGAUACUGGACAACAUCAUGGGCGCCAUCGAGGAGAGUCAUAAAACGCUCUUCGUGCUUUCUCAGCAUUUUGUCAGGAGUGAGUGGUGCAAGUACGAGCCGGACUACACCCACUUCAGACUGUUCGACCACAACGACGAUGCAGUCGUGUUGAUUCUUUUGGAGCCUAUUGACAAGAACGCGAUACCCAAAAAGUUCUGCAAACUGCGGAGAGUCAUGAACUCCAGAACUUACCUGGAGUGGCCUGAUGACGACGGCCUGAUGCCCAGGUUCUGGCAAAGCUUGAGGGAAGCUAUUAAUGCACCCUUGGCUGAUAAUGUCUCCUUAAAUGGAUUCAAUACAGACUAAUAUGUCUGUCUGUGGUAACGUUAACAUCAUUUUUUGUAAAAUAAAUAAGCAUGUUAAGAUUAUUACUUUAGAUGCAGGGUGACAGGACCGAGGGAGGUAUUGAUGUACUAUUCAGAUGUGUCAAUAUGCAUGACUAAAUACAGUAAAGACACAGUUUGCUGAUGUGGUAAUAGGGCGGUGAUGCUUUAAGAGAGAAUAGCUGAGUUGACCAGUAAAAAUCAUUUAAUAGUGUUUCUAUAUAAAUCUACAACUAACCUGCUACGACUAUUUCUCUUAAAGUCACUGAAUCUGCAG